AUGUCAUUAAUAGAUUAUAUAGAGGAUGAUUAAACAUACUAAUUUACAAAGUAUAUACAUCUUGUCAAGACUGAAGAAGACAAAGUACUCUUCGAUAGAUUCGCCUAUGGAAUUUGCAAUCCUUAGAUUAAAUAUAGGAAUGACAAACAAUAAAAGAAAAUGAUAAUCCUUACCAUCCUACAACUGUGUUAAAGAAGUAAGACUGUGACUUUCGAUUAAAUUCAAUAAGCCUGCUAUUUAAAUUCACGAGCAGACAUCGAAUCAUUAUUAAUUGAUCUUAUUCAAAAGGAAUUGAUUAUUGGAUCCAUUGACGAUCAAAAAGGGUGUUUAAAUAUCUAAAGAUGCAUCAGCAGAGAUGUUAGAAAAUCUGAUAUUCCAGAUAUGAAGAAUUAGAUCGAAAUCAUGUACGAAAGAGUAAAACAUUUGAAGGAAUAGUUAAAAAAAUAAUGA